CUAAACAGAUAAUACAACUUGAUUUGAAUUCUAGUACUGAAAAAUGGGUUCAAGAGUAGCAAUACUCAUACUAGGCCUGUUGGCCAUGGUUCUUCUUAUCUCCUCAGAGGUGGCUGCUAGGGACUUAGCUGAGAAGGUUGAUAAAGAGAAAAAUAGAUUGGGUGAUGCCAAGUAUGGUGGUGGAGGCUACCCUGGAUAUGGCCACAAUGGAGGAGGAGGAUACCCCGGCUCUCAUCAUGGUGGUAGCGGAUACCCCGGUCACGGAGGAGGAGGGUAUUGCCGAUACGGUUGCUGCGGCAGCAGAUACGGCGGAAGGUGCAGAAGGUGUUGCUCUUAUGCUGGUGAAGAUGUUGAAGCACAAACUCAAGAGGCUAAACCUCACAACUGAGCCUUUGGUGGUGGUGGUGUUUGUAAUUAAUAGUAAUGUUAUCAUUGAAUAAAUAAA